AUGAUUAUUGCCCAUCAGGUUGGCUGGUUAAACGUACAGAACCAGAUCAGGAACCACUUAGUUGCGGUGAUACCAGUCAAGGAUACAAGUGCCCACCACCAUAUCGAUGCAUUGUCUCCAACUGCCAAAAUAGUUUUUGCUGCGCUCACAAAGGUCAGUUCAAUAAAUGCUCUUUUUUUCAAGAUAUUCGUCUUGACCAACUUUGAAACCUAUAAUGUGAAGUCCCGAGACAAUAAGUAUAGUGUCUAGAU